CUCAGUGUGUUUAGCUUAACAUUACUUUAGCUGUUAGCACUUAUUUAUUAUUUCUGAUUUCUGCCUGGAAUACCGAAUAGUGCUAAGUCAUUAAUGAAUUGAAUUAAAAUUUUUAAAUUUAAUAUUCCUAUUCCGAAAUUAGAUGAUUGAUCUUUUACUAAUUUUUUCAUCCAACGUCAAUUAGAUUUUUAAAAUUUAACAGUCAAUAAAACUGUCCUCAUAAUGCAUAGCACUGUAGUAAAAUUUUCAUCAACUCUGAGUAAAACCGACCCAAUUAGCGUUCCAGUAAUAAUUGUUGGACAAGAAAAACAUUUGUCGAAUUUGUCAUACAGUACAGUCAAAUGCAAAUUAGAACCUCGAGUGAACGAACAAACUUUCAAGUCUGCCAUAUCUGUCUUGAACCCUUGUCCGACUGACUCUUGUCCACUUUUCUUAAAUACGGCCACAAUAGCAGCCGUCUCCAACAGCCGUAGCCGACACAACUCAUCAGCUCAACCUCACAUGUUGACAAAGUUAAUUAAGACUCAUUCAGCUGGUUACGAUGAAUGUAUUGUGAUUGUAUGUGAGCGCCGAGAUAUGUUUGCAUCUGGUUGUGCUGCGGCUAGAGCAUUCUAUGAUUAUUGCCGUAAAACUAAAGUGGUUAAUGGUAAAUUGAAAGAACAAAAAAAAUCUACGGUAACUGUAACUGUAGAGUUUGUUAUUGUUUCUGAUGAUAUUGGUAACAGCACCAUCGAUAAAGAAGAGAUGGCAACUCUGGAAAGAAUAGCGAAUGCUAUUAAAAUGACUACUCGAAUUGUUGAUACUCCAUGCAAUGAUAUGAAUGUCAGCCACUUUUUAGAUGAAAUAAAACAAGUAGGUGCUGACCUAAGCAUAGUUCCUACCAUUAUAAGCGGUGAAGAAUUAAAGAAGAAAGGACUUGGUGGAAUAUACGGUGUGGGUAAAGCCUCUUCUGUUGGGCCAGCCCUAGCUGUUUUGUCAUACUUUCCGCCUGGGGCCACUGAAACAAUUGCAUGGGUCGGAAAAGGAAUUGUCUACGAUACCGGAGGCCUUAGUAUUAAGGGAAAGACUUCUAUGCCGGGAAUGAAACGAGAUUGUGCCGGGGCAGCUGCUAUUUUAGGAGCAUUUCAUGCAAUGGUUAAAUCUGGUUUUAAACAAAACCUCCACGCUAUAUUUUGUUUAGCUGAAAAUUCGGUUGGACCCAAUUCAACUCGUCCAGAUGAUAUACAUACACUUUAUUCGGGAAGAACUGUUGAAAUUAAUAACACUGAUGCUGAAGGACGUCUUGUUCUGUCGGAUGGUGUUGUGUAUGCAUCUAGAGACCUUCAUGCAAAAAUUAUUCUUGACAUGGCCACUUUAACUGGAGCACAAGCUAUAAGUACAGGCAAAUAUCACGCGGCCGUAAUGUCAAACUCUGAACAAUGGGAGAAACGUGCAGUAUCUUCAGGUCUCAUAUCUGGUGAUUUAACAUUUCCAUUGGUCUACUGCCCAGAACUCCAUUUUUGUGAAUUUUCAUCAGCAGUUGCAGACAUGAAAAACUCUGUAGCCGAUCGUUUUAAUGCUACAUCAUCGUGUGCUGGACUUUUUAUAGCUGCUCAUUUAGGAUUUGAAACUGCCAAUCAAUGGAUUCAUGUGGACAUAGCUGGUCCUGCGCAUUAUGGUGAAAGGGCAACCGGGUAUGGUGUUGCUCUGUUGGCUGCUAUGUUUGCCAAUCAUUCAAGUGAUAAGCUUUUACAAUCGGUUUCUAGCUAUAUUCAAUGCUCAAAAUAAGCUUGAUAUUAAUUACAGUAAAAAAAAAUUAUUUUUAUAAUACUUAUAUGAAUUUAUUUAAUACCAACCAUCAUUAUUUUUCCAAUAAAUUUUAUAAACUCAUUUUUAAUUAUUUUUUGAAAGUGCCAUAAACUUUAAUAAAAAUUGUAAUACUUACCUAAUAAUAUUUUAAAUAAAAAUACCCUAGAGUAAAAUUAAGUUUUACUUUAUUUCAUCUGAUAUACAUAAUUGAUGUGGAAAAUAGUUAAUAAUUAAAUAAGAGGUAACAAUAAUACAAAUUUUGAAUAUUUUAAAUAUCACAAUCACAUAAUAAAUUCAUAUGUUUAUCAAGUUAAAUAUUAGUAACAAGUAAAAAACUUAAUAAUAUUCUCAUAAUUAAUUGACGGCAAUUACUAACGUUUUCAUUACCUUUUUAUGGCUUCAUCUUUAAAAUAGGAAAUACUUAAGACUAAUAUUUCAAUAGAAUAUUAUAUUUUUAAACCAAAUACCAUGUUCAAAAAUUGUUCGUAAUGUAUAGUUAUAUAACCAUCUUGAUCAGUAUCGUAUUGACGGAAUGCAGCUGUUAACGUCUGAAAUCAUGCAAAACCCAAAAUAAAGCGAGGGUAUAUUUUUUUAAAUUAUAAUUAUGUAUAGUUUAUUAUGAAAUAAAGUAAUAUUUACAUGUAACACAACACAA